CAGAACCGUGUCACAAGGACAUUCGAGGAAGAAAAUUUUGGCUGUUAAUUUUUCGAUACAGGAAUCAUGUAUCGACGUUUGACUAGCGAGGUUUGCAGGACAUUACCUAGAUUAAGUAAUGGAAGCGCAAGCAGAAUCGCUGGAGUGACCGUUAGUAGACCAUACUCAAAUGAAUAUGCUGUUUUGGACGAACUAUCAUUCUCUCAGACUGUCGACAAAUUUUUCGACAAAGCAUCUGACUUGGUUGAAGAUAAAUUAGCCGAUACAAUGAAGGGAAGACUAACAAUGGACGAAAAAAGGGAGAAAGUGAGGGGUAUACUGAAAAUGAUCAAACCAUGUAAUCAUAUGAUUGAAUUAACUUUCCCUAUUCGUCGUGACAACGGGGAGUUUGAAAUCAUUGAAGCGUGGCGAGCACAACACAGUCAGCAUCGAACACCGUGCAAAGGAGGUAUCCGUUACAGUCCUAUUGUCGAUGUGGAUGAAGUGCGUGCUCUUGCAUCCCUCAUGACUUACAAAUGUGCAGUAGUGGAUGUGCCAUUUGGAGGGGCCAAGGCUGGUGUGAAGAUCAACCCCACAAACUACUCAGAAAGGGAACUGGAAAAGAUCACACGUCGUCUGGCAGUGGAACUAGCAAAGAAAGGAUUCAUAGGACCAGGUAUUGAUGUGCCAGCCCCUGACAUGGGUACAGGAGAGAGGGAGAUGAGCUGGAUAGCGGACACAUAUGCUAACACAAUAGGAUACAAUGAUAUCAAUGCCCAUGCCUGCAUCACUGGUAAACCCAUCACACAAGGUGGCAUUCAUGGUCGUAUCUCUGCCACAGGCAGGGGUGUUUACCAUGGCAUCCAGAACUUUGUGAAUGAAGCAAGCUAUAUGAGUAUGGUUGGCCUUACUCCUGGUUUUGGGGAUAAAACCUUCAUUGUCCAGGGUCUUGGUAAUGUUGGUUUGCACACAAUGAGAUACCUCCACAGAGCUGGAGCCAAGUGCAUUGGUAUCAUAGAGAAAGAUGGCAGCAUCUACAACAGGGAUGGUAUCAGUCCCAGAGACAUGGAGGACUACAAGAUUGACAAUGGUACAAUCAUAGGUUUCCCAGGAGCCUCUGUUUAUGAAGGUAACCUUCUGUUGGAGAAGUGUGAUAUUUUGGUACCAGCUGCCAGUGAGAAACAACUCACCAGUGAAAAUGCUCAUGAAAUACAGGCUAAGAUUAUAGCUGAGGGUGCCAAUGGCCCCACCACUAUGGGAGCAGACAAGAUCUUCCUGGAGAGAAAUGUUUUGGUCAUCCCGGAUUUAUACAUCAAUGCCGGAGGUGUGACCGUUUCCUAUUUUGAGUGGCUCAAAAAUCUCAACCAUGUCAGCUAUGGACGACUUACCUUCAAGUAUGAGAAAGAUUCAAAUUACUUCCUUCUCCAAAGUGUCCAGAAUUCUCUGGAAAGGAAAUUUGGGAAAGUUGGAGGUUCAAUUCCUAUCAAUGCUUCUGAAGAAUUUGAGAAGAGAAUUCAUGGUGCUUCUGAAAAAGACAUUGUACACUCUGGCUUGGAGUACACUAUGGAGAGAUCAGCAAGAAACAUAAUGAGAACAGCAAUGAAGUACAACCUCGGCCUGGAUUUACGUACAGCUGCGUUUAUCACCGCCAUUGAGAAAAUCUUCAAAGUAUAUGAAGAGGCUGGCCUCACAUUUACAUAGAGUUACUCUGGGACAAGUGUUAUUUUUCAUCCUGUUAUAUCUUGUGAUACACUACCAGGACUUAGAAAAGAAAUACAUGUUGUAGGAAAUUAAGUAUUGGCGAUAGUAGAUGAUGCAACAUACAGUAUUUAUCUUUAAAAUAUGAAAAGUUUCACUUACGAAAACAUUUACCUCAUGAAAUUGUUUAUUAACAUGAACAUGAUUCCUUAAAAAAAGAAUUAAUUCUAACCUGCAUUUAACUUCAUCUUUUUUUGCUGCCUUUAAUAUUGCACUUUACUUAUCUUUUUGGUUGAAAAUUUGGACAUUACAUUCUCUCUCCAUGAAAAACACAUUUGUAAGCAUGCCAUUGAUGAUUAAAUAUUAAACUGAAUUAAUUGCUAUUGUAGCUGUAGACUUCUGAUUUUUUCUGAAAACCUAAAACUGGGUAUUUGAAGUUACGAUGUUUGAGAGAUCACUUGUUUGUAUGAUAUACUGUAAUUGAGAUCUGUAGAAACUGCUGUUAUAAUCCUUAUGUUGUCACUGUAUGAUCUGUUAAAAAGGUAUUUGAUCUGUUACUAGUAUAUACCUUGAUAUUAGUAUUUAAGUUGGGUAUUGAAGUGAGAAAAUGCUUGAAUUAGUUAGGAUGUUAUAUGUUGAUUCUUGUUUAGUCAGAUAACUGCCAAAUUCCUUAUCCAAGGGAUUGUAAUCUUUAUAUCCAAGUUCCUUUGUUUUUAUCCAUGGUAGUACAUUGUCUCAAGACAUUUAACAAGGGUCCAGUGUUGUGGUGCAUAGAGAUAUGGUGUGAAGAUGUAUUAUGCGUUGAAUUCAUGCAUUGUAGCAUGUAUGCUGAAUAUAAGUCAAACAAAAACAAAUUUGGAAUUUCCUCAUCAACUCAUGUUGAGGGGGAAAAAAAAUAAACUGAAACCACAAGGCCAGUAUAUGGAAGUAUUCUAUUGCCAUUUUUUCAACAAGAUUUAUAACAAACUUACAUCAUUCCAUUCCAUGCAGACCAAUGUUCUUGUGGGAUGUAAUCCUUCAAUUUACCAUGUUGUCUCACUGAAGAAUUCUAAUUGCACAAGAGUAUUGGAUCAGUUUGAAAUGAACUUGAGGAUUUUAGUGCUGUUCCCCCUUAUAAGUUGCACAUCUGUUGUAUUGUUUUUUUACACCUUAUGUUUCUUGCGGUCUUUUUCCACAUUUUUCUACUCUACAUAUAACCUGUGAUGUUUAUUUUAUGCCAAUAGUCUCACAAACAUCAUAUUUAUUCAGCUCCGAGUACAUUUUCUUUUAUACUUAAUACGUUGCUGAUAAAUUAUUUGGCUUAAGUUAAUAUUCAUCAGAUGAAGUACUAAGAAUAAGAACAGAAAUUUGUGAUCUGUUCCUUACAACAAAGUAUGUCUUUGUACCUUUUAAACUAUGAAUAUGAAAAAAUAAACAUAUGUUGAGAUA